AACAAAGUCAUCAUAAAUGCAAACAGAUCAAACACUAAAUCGAUGGCAUGAGAAAAUGAUUAGUUUUCUACUUUCCUUUACAGAGCUUACUUGGAGCAGAAUGGAGGCUACGAUGGUUUCACCAAUUAACGAGACUUACAAUGCAUCCUGUGACCCGUUUAAAUACAAGUGGAAGUUCUCUAUUUGGUUCACUGCGUAUUACACCCUACUGUGUUUCAUUGGACUAACUCUAAAUAGCUUUGCACUAUAUGUGCUCUGGCAUGGAAGACAGACAAUCAACUCUACGUUAUUGUAUCUUCUCAACCUGACAUCUGUUGACUUUUUUUUCUGUGCAUUCCUCCCACUAAGAAUAAGUUAUUUUGCUCUUGGAUCCACUUGGAAACUGGGAGAGGUCAUGUGCAAACUUACAGCUUAUGCUUUCUUCCUUAAUACAUACGGUAGCAUCAAUUUUAUGAUAUGCAUUAGUAUUGACCGUUUUUUAGCCAUUUUGAAACCUCUCAAAUGCCAGAGAUUUAGGAGUAUCUCCUUUGCCAAAAAAGUUUGCCUUUUUGUCUGGUUGUACACAGCUGCUGUUAAUAGCACAGUUCCUUUACUGUCAAAUGUUUAUGUAAAAAAUCAGUUUGGAGAAUACUGUAUGGAAUACUCCAUGGUGGCUAUGGAUAAUGCCUUAGCGCUGAAAGUCCUUAUUCUUUCCUGCACUUCCUAUUUCUUUCCGUUAAUAGUUAUGCUCUUCUGUUAUUUGGGUGUUGGGUUAAAACUGUGGAAAAUAACUGAACUGGGUGGUUCAAACAACAGCAAACCAGCAAGGACAAGGCGCAAGUCUUUGGUGAUCAUCAUGGUUGUUCUGUUUGUGUUCAUUGUGUGCUUUACUCCAUACCACAGCAAUCUAAUUCAUCAUAUGGCAGAGAUACAGGCAGGGAGGACAUCAUGUGAGAGCCUGGAGAAUUUCAAACUUCAGCUGCAGAUAACAAUGUCUGUAAUGAACCUAAACUUUGUUUUGGAUCCAUUCAUUUACUUUUCUGCUUUUAAAAAUCAUAAACUCUUUCUUAUGAAGCUGUUCAGGAAGAAAAAUAAGGACCUUAUUGGACCAGGUGGUUCAACUUCCUGAAGACAUUGAAGUAAAUGUGCCAUCAUUAUUAUAGCCCGGUGUGGUCAGUUCAUUCUUCUCUGUACCUGUUCACAAUGGAUGUGGUUGAGCUCAGUAAUAUGGAGGGGUGUCCAUCUGCUUUAGGCCAUAUAUUGUAAGAUAUUAGCAGGCCGGCAAUAAAGAACUUCUCAUGC